AUGUCCUUUUCUCUUGCGGCAACUGUUUUGACCCGAAAAAAGAACUACGAUUAUUCUCCAACCAGAUUUCAUCGAACUGCACUAUCAGCUGCAUCGGAGACAUUCUCCAACAUCUCCUUGACGUCGCUCCAAGGGACCCUGCUCCUAGCUGUGCAAGCCUUGGUUGAACCAGCAAGCGUUAAUGUUUGGACAUUAACCCAUAUUGCCAUGUCUCAUUGUAUAGAUCUUGGUUUACAUCGAGAACCCAGAGAUACGGAGUCUUCAAAGGCCACAACCACGAUUCUAAGAUUCGUGUUUUAUACUGUGUACUCGCUCGAUCGGUCAAUAUCGACGAUACAGGGGCGUCCACUAGGGAUUCGGGACGAAACUUUUGAUAUUCGGCCCCCCGAUAAUGCAGACAUUCCGGAGAUGGCCGGAAUCCCGGAUCAUGACACUACCAUCCAGCUGCCAUCUUCGGAAUUUCUUGCUUUAUCAAUACUCAGGUUUCACCUAGAUCGGCAGGUCUCCGAAAUUAAACUUCUGCUUUAUCACUUGCCAACCCGGAAUCAGAGCUUCGUGUGGCCUACCGAUUAUGUUGAAAUCCAAAGACGGAUCAAUGCCGAACUGGACCAAUGGCUUGUUCAAGUUCAAGAGAUUUCAGCCUCUGAAUUUACGGAUGAUGAUGAGAAAACUAAGCUGAGAUUCGAAAAAAUGCGGCACGAGCAGCUCUACCACUCUGCUAUCACUCUCUUAUUUCAGCCAUCACAGAUGUUUCCUUCACCGUCUCAGAAUGCCCUUUCAAUAUGCUAUCAGAGCUGCAGCAGACGCCUGCAGAUAUAUGAUAUUGUCAGCACCAAGGAUAUGUUAUACUACAACUGGCGCAACAUACAUGGAAUAUUUUCGUCAGGAUCUACUAUUGUUUACUGUGCAUGGGUCUCUCGCGACCUACAACGAACAAUACCGUUCGCAAAGCUGCUUCGAGAUCUACGAAUAUGUUCAAACCAUCUCAGCAUUGGCAGUCAAUGGUGGCCAUCUGUGCGUAGCGGCAAGGAGAGUUUCGAGAUGAUGAUCGAUUUGAUCAUUAAGUACUUCAGCGAAUUACAGCUUCAAGAUAAUGCCCUGCCCCCUCAUCGACGACUUCGCAUUGGAAUUGAAAAAGACAUCAGCGAAGGCCGCGAUACUCCAUCUCACCACACAUGUAACACUCAAAAUAGUGGACCACCUCUUUCAAUGACGCAGAAUAUUUACUACGAACAGGUACCCACCCAAACACCGAACUUUGAGGGGAGAAACAUGUCUUUCAUGACUGGUGAGCCCUCAAUUCUCCAUCCAGCCCAGCAGAUCCUGGAAAUAUACUAUUAG